CUUUCCCCUGCGCACAUAUAGUAGACUGAACUUGAUCCAAAUUCUACUCUGCUACAAAUUCACCACAGUAAAUAGAACCACACGCGGUUAAACCACAAUAAAAAAUGCGUUGAAUUGCGCAAUCAGCACGCCCAAACAGUUGGUGUUGGUGCCUAUUCUCCAAAAAGCAUUCUAGUACUUCCCAUGGGCGACGCGUGUAUCCAUCGGUUGGGGCUCCCUUAUCAGUCUGUCCACAAUGCUUCCAGUGUUCGCACCUGUGUACAUCGUUUCAUUUCGGUGACACCUCUUUAGUUUCAGCAAACAAAAUAAAAAUGCGCCUGUCACGAUUCAUAAAAGCGCUGUUCUGCGGCUUGAUCAUCCUAGCAAGCGUUGCACUCACAUUCCUCACCUACUACGGCAGUGCUGCGACGCAUGAAAUUGUGCAAUCAGCACGUAGCAGACUGGUGAGCUAUCUGCAGGUAGUGGAUACCGAAAUGCAAGGCCUACUGUUGGACGAUAAUGACACGCUUCCACCUGGUGAUAUGGGUCAACCCGUCGAAUUACCAAAAACAUUAAGCGCAGAUAUUAAAAAACAAAUUGACGAAGGUUGGGCAAUGCAGGGCUUGAACCAGUACGCAUCCGAUUUGGUGUCGGUCUAUCGAAGGCUUCCGGACAUCCGGGACGAAUGGUGCAAGGAGCCUGGUCGGUUUCUCCCGGAACUGCCGCCUGCUUCGAUCGUUAUCGUGUUCUACAAUGAAGCUUGGUCGGUGCUGGUUCGCACUGUGCACUCGAUUUUGGCCCGAACGCCACCGGAACUGGUCGAGGAAAUAGUCCUGGUAGACGACUGUUCAACGUUAGCGCAUUUGAAAACACAACUGGAUGAUUACUUUCGGCCGCUGAAGAAGGUGAGAAUAGUGCGAGCGAGGGAGCGACAAGGACUGAUAAGAGCGAGAAUUUUAGGUGCAAAAAGUGCAAAGGCCGAGAUACUGACGUUUGUGGAUGCCCACUGCGAAGUAAUUGUCGGUUGGCUUGAAGCCCAGCUCGAUCGCGUAGCACGUGAUCCGACGGUGAUCGCCAUUCCAUCGAUCGAUUGGAUCCACGAGGACACGAUGGCGUUGAAUGCGCAAAGCUCCCAGCUGUACUUUGGCUCGUUCGAUUGGACCGUGAACUUUCAGUGGAAAGCCCGUUCGGAGAAAAAGGUCAAAGCCGAGAAUCCGCUGGAACCGUUCGACACCCCGGUGAUGGCCGGCGGACUGUUCACCAUCAAUAGGACGUUUUUUGCCCAUUUGGGGUGGUACGACGAGGGAUUCGAAACGUAUGGAGCCGAGAACCUGGAGCUGUCGUUCAAAUCGUGGAUGUGCGGUGGAUCUAUGCAGAUUGUUCCCUGCUCGAGGGUGGCUCACAUUCAGAAACGAGGACAUCCCUACUUAGCGAAAACCCCCGGAGGCUACAGUGUCAUAAAACGCAACACAGUUCGCCUGGCUGAAGUGUGGAUGGACGAGUACGCUCAGUUCUACUAUGAAUCGUUCGGAGGGCCAAAAUACCGCGGAACCUUCGGAGAUGUGUCUUCAAGGAAGCAGCUGAGGGAACGUCUCCACUGCAAAUCAUUUCGAUGGUACAUGGAGAACGUGUUUCCGGAGCAGUUUGACCCAUCCAAGGCGGUGGCACGAGGGGAGUUUCGAAACGCUGACCACGGGGGCGAUAGCUGUCUGGAAUGGCCACCGCCUUUGAAUGAACGGGGUGUCAGUGCGUGUCACGGUCGAGGGGGCCAUCAGCUGUGGUUUUUUACGGCCGAUGGCGAGAUCACCCGGGAGGAUCAUUGCUUGGAUUAUGAUGGGAACAAGCUGAAGGUGAUUCGUUGCCACAAAAUGAAGGGCAAUCAACAAUGGGUGUUCGAGGAGUCGGUGAAACACUUCAAACAUGUGUUUUUCAAUCGAUGCCUGGAGUGGACUGAUCAUAAGCUGAAGUUAAAUGAUUGCAAUGAUUCUACAGUAGGUCAGAAAUGGCUGCUUCAGCAUUACAAUGCCAGUAAUCUGAAAAUAGUGUAAAUAUUGGUGAUGCUCAGAACAGUUGAAUGCAAUAAAAACUUAUUAUUCUCUAAAUGUA